AUGGUCGGCGUGGCUGGGAAAUCAAAGGGUUGCAACACUUGUCGAAAGCGAAAAAUUGCAUGUGAUCAGGAGAAGCCAACAUGCAAGCGGUGUACACAGUCAAACCGUGUAUGUGGUGGAUAUGAGAAGGAAAGGGUCUUUGUACUAGUCCAGCCAGCGGCGGAGAAAACACACACUUAUCUAAGAUCGCCUCCGGAGCCUCAACGGAACGCCAAAUCCCCAGUGGAGGAGGCCCGGCGCGUCCAAGCUACUGUUCCCUUCACGAAGAGAAAUUCCGCCUAUAAACUGAUACAGAAUCACAUCGAAUGCCACAGCUUGAUUCAGGCCUUUCUCUCAAACUGCUUUCCUUCUCAAUGGGUCUCUGCGGCUCCCCGGUCCUGGAUCGCUUUACUUGGGGAGCUACCGACGAAAGCCGAAACCCUCGAGAUAUCCACUGCGGCAGUUGCCGCCUCAGCGCUCGGAAACAUGUUCCAUAUGCCUGAUCUAGUCAAGACAAGUCACAAAUACUAUACCCAGGGCCUCCGUCAGCUACAAAAGGCUUUGUAUGACCCGGUUCUCAUGCACGAUGACGGAACCCUCGCGGCAUGCAUGGCCUUGAGCCUCUACGAAGCUCUUGAAUGUCCUUCUGCGGGAUCGGAAGGGUAUUUCAGUCAUUGUCACGGUCUUAUCGCAUUGAUUCAAGCCCGUGGUGUACACGCACAUACGUCGGGGGCUGGUCAUCAGCUCUUUUUAGGGCUUCGAGUCCCGGGGAUUCUCUACGCUCUGCAACGCAAUGAUUCCACUGUUUUAUUCGACUCGAAGUGGAUGGAGCAACCUUGGGCUGAAUAUACCAAGUCACCAUUUGAUCGUGUAACAGACUGCUUUGCCCAUGCCCCAGGAAUCCUGGAGCGCGUGAGAAAAAUACCGUCUUUGGGUGUCGAUGACCAGCUCAAUUUGGCCUAUAGCCUGAUUCAUGAAUGCUGGCAAGUCGACAACAGCUUGGACAUCAUAUACGAUGAGAUGCAACACAGCGAUUCCGGUUCUCUCUACUGGCCAAGGCCUUCUCAGCAGCCCAUUUUCGCUGGCAUGGAUGGUUCCCUGGAUCUUUUCCCAAUGGUUUUUUGCUUUUCAAAUAUCGAAACCGCCAAAACACUUAUACUAUUAUGGGCAACACGAACUAUGCUCUGGGUCGGGCUGUGUAAUUUAUACAAGCUUGUCGAAUUCCUGACAGGCAUUAGGGGCUACGUUACCAUUACCGAUGAAGCUCGUCUACCUCCUCUUAGUCACCGAGAAGACUAUAUUUCCAUGGCCUACCAUGUUUGCCAGUCGGUGGAAUACUUUUUACAGGACAAAAUGCUGCUGGCUGGGCCGAUGUCAGUCAGUCCGGCCCUUGGUAUUGUCCUCGACAGCCUUCAACAAGGAUUUCACCCUCAUGAGGUUACGUGGCUUCGGGCAGCUCUUGAUGUGGUGCGACGGAAAGGUCUUCGCGCACUCGAGUAUGUCACAUAUUAG